GUUGAGGUGCAGCCAGAGCGAGAGAGCAAGAGAGAGAGAGAGGGAGGAGGGACAGACAGAGGGGGCGAGGUUGUCAAGGAAAUGAAGGCGCAAGCGAGAUUGUGCCUGCAACACUCUCAUUCUAACACAGCGAACGUAACGCUAAGGCGAGACAGAAGGCAUGGAUGAGGGCACAUUUAAAGAGAGAGCGAGAGGAGACUGAAGAACAACAAGCCACCACAACAGAGACGUACCAGCCUGGACCACCAUUAUCCUUCCAUCCAGAUACAGAAGCCUCUGUAUAAUUGAUAAGCAUCGCUCACGCCCUCUGUGUGUGUGUGUGGGCAAGAGGAAGAGUGGAGAGAGAGUGGGAGGGAGUCAGCACCAGCAGCACCAGCACCAGCAUGUUGUGGCAGGGAGCUCUAAUGAAUGCAGCUGCUGUCACGGCCUGCAUCCUGGCAGUGCUGGGCCCGGGCUUGUCUCUCCCAGCUGAGGACUGCAGCCACUGCUUCUACAGGCAGACGCCCCCGCGGGGACCCUCAUCUGAAGCCCUGCAACAGCUCUGCCACGGUGCCCCAGGGGGCCAGGCCUUCGCAGCGCUCCGCAGCCCGACCUGUGACACAGCAGUCCUCUCUGCCUUCCGCGUCGGCCAUGUAGGGACUGUGAGGGAGGGAGAGGAGGCAGUGUCCGAAAUCCCAGACCUUGAUGUACUGACCCCUGCCCUGCUCCAAGGAGACGGGGGCGACGCUCAGCCCUCCAAUGUUCCUGAAGAAUCUCCUCUCAGGCUCUGGGACUCCUCCAUCACCACCCUGGUCCUCUCCUCCGUCAGCCCACAGUGCAGCUCCGUCGGAGGGGCCCUCUACGUGGUCACCGGGCGAGGGCGCCUGGGACCGGACGCCCAAGGCGGGGAUGAGGGGUGUGAGGCCAGUCAGCUGCUCUGGUCGGCGAUGUGCUGUGACGUUCCCUCCGGGGGGGACCAGGGCUUCAGUGUGGGCCUGGUCCGAGAGGCCGAGGGGGAGGAAGAGCAGCAGGUGAACGUGGAGCAGCUGGAGGAGAUGCUAGGAGUCACAGAGCUGUUCUCUGAGGGCUGUGGCGGUAGCUCUGGGCAAGCCGCGGUGGACUUCACACUUGGCGCUGAGAGAGUUUUACUGCAAGAUGCCUCAACGAAGAGCGUUGAAGAUUCAGAGGAUCAGGGAACAGAUCAGGACUCCUCUGGAGAAGGGAUCACGGAACAGGCAGCGAGAGUGGAAGAUCAAGUUGCUGAUGUUGAUGCCACCCCGAAACAAUCUGACGGAGAGGAGGGGUCGACAUCUCCACAGGACCCUGAUGAAGAGCAGAGCGACGAGAGGAGAUCAGAGGCCCGAGCCGGAACAGAGUCAGGUCAUUCUUCAGAUGAGGGCGAGACGGCCGAGCAGACAGCAGAGAUCGACCCAGAAGAGGCUGAGACCAACAGCACUAUCAUCUACCUUAUCUCCACCAGCGUCUACAUUCUCACCCUUCCCCUGCGCCCUGUGUUCUCCACCCUCUACAGCCUACCUGGACAGGUGGCAUACAUUCUUCAGGAGGACCUGGGAGUUCUCACCGCGCUGCCCGGAGACACCUGCUACAUGCUGUACUUUGUGGCCUCCGGCGUUGUGUCUCGGAUGCGUUGGGCGGUGGAGGUCGUGCUGGACCUGGUGGGGGGAUGCGGCUGUGGCUUGUACCACUGCACCUCGGCCAUGGUGGGAGAGCUGCUGGGCAGCUGCUACACCGGGGUCACCGGGGUGGGGACGCUGGCCGGCGACUCGGUGGGGAUCGUGGGGGAAGUGGCGGACAACGCCUGGUGGGUCACCAGGCUGCUGGGCGGAGAGCUGUGGGAGCAGAGCAAGGGGUACGCGGGAACGGUGGGAUCGGAGAUGGGGGGCCAGGUGAUGACCGUAGGCGGGGGGCUGGGGACGCUGGUGUGGAGAAUUUUGAGGGGGGUGUUUCGCGUGAUCAGAUUCGUAGUGGGUUUAGUCUUUGGGACACUGCGGUUGAUUGCGGUUGGCCUCGUAGAUCCAGCCACACCGGACGAUCCACCUGCGCUGGUGAAUCAGUUAGUCAAUGCAGAAUAACCCAGCUCAUGGCCGUCAUAAUGUUUUGUUUGCAAUGAAACUAAAAUUGAAAUGUAGAACAGAUUUAUCCUUUAACAAGUAGGGUAUUCAAACAAUUAUAUCGUUAAUGCACAGAAAUAAUAACACGUUACCAAAGAUUCGACUCACACUGUUCAGAAAGUAAGGGUUGUUCAUAACUGUUCAACAAAUGUGUAUGGUUUUGAAUUUAGGUUUAUUAAUGUUUUUAACAAUAUUAUGGAAGUUGAAUUGUAAAAUAAAGUUUGCCUCAAAAUGUUUGAAUAAACAAUAAUUACAACACC